CGGGACGCCCCGCCCCCGCCCGCCAAGUAUCGCGCGACCGCCUCCCCUACCCCACGCACGCCACAUCCUGUCCGUGGCGGAGCGGCCAUCGGCGGCGCGGCGCGGCGGGGAGGGGCAGAGCAGAGCAGAGCGCGGCUGCCGGGCCGGCCCCGGCUCGAGGAAGACGGGAUUUGGUAGAAUCGCAGUCAGCCCAAAUGGGGAACUACCUGAAGCAGUGGUGAGGAUUCUGAUUGUCUGCCCUGCAGCCUGCAUCCUUGCCCUGCACUGGAACCAGCAGAAGAAGAUGUGUGUUUUUGUCCUUGUGCAAAGCUGGUCUGUCUAACUACUGAACAGAGAGCUAUGUGCUGAAGUUGGAGAUCCUGACAAAAUGGGAGUACUUGUGUUCUCUGCAGCCUGCAGUUUACUUCUGACUCUGGUGCGAGGGCACAGUUUAUUCACAUGUGAACCAAUUACUAUUUCGAGAUGCUCAGGAAUGCCUUACAACAUGACUUUUUUCCCCAACAUCAUGGGGCACUAUGAUCAGGACACAGCUGCUCUCCAAAUGGAGCCUUUUUUUCCGCUUAUGAAUCUUCACUGUUCACCAGACAUCCACUCGUUUCUGUGCAAAGCCUUUGUCCCUGCCUGCCUGGAGCAAGUUCACGUGAUUCACCCUUGUCGAAGCCUCUGUGAGAAAGUGUAUUCGGACUGCAAGCAGUUGAUGGACACUUUUGGAAUCACAUGGCCUGAAGAGCUGGAAUGUAGCAGACUAGUCAAUUGUGAUGAGACUCUUCCUGCCACUGGUGCUGUAACCACUAAUGUCCGUGGAACUCAGAAGACCCCAGGCCAGACCCGGAGGGAUUAUGGAUUCUGGUGUCCACGGCACCUCCACACCACCAACGGACAAGGCUACAAGUUCCUAGGAAUUGAUCAGUGCGCACCCCCGUGUCCCAAUAUGUACUUCAAAAAUUAUGAAUUGGAUGUUGCAAAAAGCUUCAUCGGAAUAGUUUCGAUCUUUUGCCUUUGUGCUACGCUUUUCACAUUCCUGACUUUUCUGAUUGAUGUUAAAAGGUUCAGAUACCCAGAGAGGCCUAUCAUAUAUUACUCCGUCUGUUACAGCAUAGUCUCUCUAAUGUACUUUAUUGGAUUUUUACUUGGGAACAAAACUGCCUGUAACGAGGCAGAUGAUAAGUUAGAAAUUGGUGAAACAGUUGUUCUUGGCUCCCAAAACAAAGCCUGCACUGUCCUUUUCAUGGUUUUGUAUUUUUUCACUAUGGCAGGAACUAUAUGGUGGGUGAUUCUUACCAUCACUUGGUUCCUUGCAGCGGGAAGGAAGUGGAGCUGUGAAGCUAUUGCACAAAAGGCCAUGUGGUUCCACGCGGUUGCCUGGGGAACACCUGGUUUUCUAACCAUUAUGCUCCUUGCGAUGAACAAAGUUGAAGGGGACAAUAUCAGUGGAGUUUGUUUUGUGGGUCUCUACGAUCUGGAUGCCUCUCUGUACUUUGUGCUUUUGCCCUUGUGCCUUUGUGUUUUUUUCGGUCUCUCUCUUCUUUUAGCUGGUAUUAUUUCUUUGAAUCACGUGCGACAAGUCAUACAGCAUGAUGGCAGAAACCAGGAGAAGCUAAAGAAAUUUAUGAUCCGAAUUGGAGUUUUUAGUGGUUUAUACUUGGUGCCACUCGUAGCACUUCUUGGAUGUUAUGUAUAUGAACUGGUGAACCGGAAAAUCUGGGAAACUACUUGGGUAUUUGACCACUGUGACCAGUACCAUAUUCCUUGUCCUUAUCAGGCAAAGGUACUAGCGAGACCAGAAAUAUUUUUGUUUCUGAUGAAAUAUUUGCUGACAUUAAUUGUUGGCAUAUCUCCAGUCUUUUGGGUGGGAAGUAAAAAGACCUGUUCUGAAUGGGCCAAUUUCUUCAACAGAAACCGCAAAAGAGAUCCCAUCAGUGAGAGUCGAAGAGUGCUGCAAGAAUCAUGCGAAUUUUUCUUGAGGCACAAUUCCAAAGUUAAACAUAAAAAGAAGCACUACAAAUCAACUUCACACAGACUGAAAGUCAUUUCCAAGUCAAUGGGGACCAGUACGGGUGGCACAACAAAUCACGGAACUUCUGCAGUAGCGAUCACGAACCAUGAUUACUUAAGCCAAGAAGCUGUCGCCGAAAUUAAAACCUCUCCAGAGACAUCUGAGAAAGAGAUAGAGGGAGAUGGAACAUCAGCCCGACGAGUCGAGGAAGGCGAAGACAGUGGAGAUCAAAUGUUAUCUGGUUCUAAACUGACCGUGGAUCAGGUGGAAAAAAGAAACAAAGCAGAUAGCACGUGUGAUGUGAGCAGCGUGGCCGAGAGUAUGAAAAGAGCAGGUGAAGGAAGAAUAACUCCUAAAAAUGAUUUUAUUGAAUCUCCUGUGUUACAAAGCAGCUGUUCCCGAAUACCUGAUGCCUCACAGUCAGCUUCUGUGUCACUGCUCGUCUACUCAGCUUCAGAUACCAGAAGAGAGCUGGAUUCAGUAAACAGUUCAAACCCUUGAAAGAUUGACACUUUAUAUGAACACUUUCAAUGUAUAAAACUGACAUAGACUCUGUGUUACACUGGAAAUAACAGAUAUUCUGUGCCUUAUUAAAAAGCACACAUCCCUUGCUUUGCACUUAAAAAAAUAAAUCUAAGUUUUGUUGUGGGGACAGCCAGCAAUAAUGUACUGUAUUGAAUCCUAUCCAGGAAUAAGGGAAAUUGAAGUUCUAUAGGACACAGCUGGAUUGACUAGCAGUAAUUUAAGAAAAAGAGAAACAAAUAGUAUUCCCAGUAUAAAGAACACUUUGUAAUGAAUUGUAUUAAAAUAAUGCUUAGAAAGCACUGUUACUUUUUAAGGCGUAAAAAUUCCAGCUGCAUAUCUGCAUCUUUGAGAUAGAUAUAUAUAUAUAUUUUUACUGUUAUAAACAGCAGUGUCACUUUAAGGGAUACACAAAUUUAUAAAUGCUCUAUAAAUUAUGUGUCAUGUUGUAUCAGUUAUAACACUGUUUUAUGGUAGCUUGUACACUGAAUAUGAAAGGGAGCCUGGAAUUACAAGUGCUUUAUUUUGUACAUAGAAAUGAAUUUUGUAAAUAACUGACUGCUUAAGGUCAAUAUUUAGAACUACUGGUUUGUAUGUGUUGUACAAACUUGGUGAAGUUAACGUGCUUCCCGUAGGUUGUUCCUGAGGUCACCAGUCCUGUGGUGCUCAGACGAGGUUCUUUAGCUCUGAGGAAAGCAGCUUGUACCUUCCUGUACCCGGCACAUCGGGGGCGGGGCUGGUCAGACUCCCGCGUCCUGUUGCAGGGAUAACGCGCGAGAUGCAGCGCGGCCUCCCAAAAUGCUGCCUCGAGCCCCUCCUGCUGCGGUGUCCCAGCGCCUCGUGCCAAAGAAGAAAACGCUUCAGAUCUCUCGCGGUGUGGGGGACAGAAUCUGAAGUAGAUACACUUCAGGGCUUCUGGCUGAGCUGCAGUGGAAGUGUACGUUUCAUGUUGUUUCUAUGCAAGUAACUUAAUUUUUUAAUAUUCUGUAGAGAUAUAUCUUGCAGAAAACAAACUUGUUGGGUUAUUGAUAUACAGGCUUAACAAUAUGUUUACUUAAAAGACCUUACAACUUUUUCUACAAAGCUCUAUUUUCUAUAUGCUACAGCAGUCUGUUUUCUUUAAAUCAAAAAGGCCUUAAUACAUGUAGCCUUUGUUUUGAUAGGGUGGUUCUCAGGAGCAAGUACUACUGACAUGAAUAAGAAUUUUGUCGUUCGGUUCUUGAGAAGUCCUGACUCCAAAGAAGUCAAUGUGCUUUAUUGCUUGAGAUAAUUUGGAGCCAGGAUUUUGCUGUUUUCUAAACCUAAAUCUCAAUGCAUUUUGUAAGACUGUCCAGCAUCUUGCAUUUGAUUGCUAAAGAGAAUAUUUCUCAGUAUUUCGAUAUUAUGCAGAUAUAUCGUUGUGUUCCGAUGUGGGCAGCUUUCAUGGUGAUGCUUUGAACAGUCAGGCAAAAUUGCGUGGCACAAAGGUUAUGUAAAUGCUGAAUCAACAGGAACUACAGUUCUGAUAAACCAAAGUUAUUUGUUUUAUCCAUCGUGUAUUAAAAAUUGAAUGUAUUUACUUUAUAUUGCAGUGUCUGCAUUUUAGCAUUUAUAAUUUAUUGCCUUAAAUAUGACAUGGUGGGGUUUUUUAAUAAUUUCCCUAUUAAAAAUAUGCAGCAUUCUUGUUGCUGAGGACAGUGAGAAAGCUCUGAAAAAUCUCCUGUGAAAAUGCAAACUAAGUACCCUUCAUUCUUGUAGUCGUGUUUGUAAAUGGGUAACUUUAUACACAUGUUCAGUUCUUUUGUUAUUACUGUCUUUGUUAGUAAUAAAACAUACUGUUGUAUAGUAA